UCUUCAUAUUUGCAAUAACUCUGCUGCGUUGCCGGAUUGAUAUACCUUCUUAGAUAUUCUCCAUUAUUCAUGGAAUAACUUCAACCGAAGAAGGCGCAAACAUGUCUCAGGAAAUGUACCAGUCAGGCGUCACCUCUGGCGAGUCCAGCCCCAUAAAAGAUGAGGUUCCUGGGACCAAUGCCGGCAAGACGCCUAUCCAGAUCCUGCACGAGUAUGGGGCCAGAAGUGGCAAAAUUCCCGCCUACUUGAUGGAGAAAGCCGAAGGGGAAGCCCACCAGCCCAGCUUCGUCUUCAGUGUGACGGUGGGAGAUGUUUGCUGCCAAGGGGAAGGCCCGAGUAAGAAGGCGGCCAAACACAUGGCGGCAGAGGCUGCACUGAACAUAUUGCAAGCUGACGUGGCGGCUACGAACGGGGAUGCAGUUGAAACUAAUCCCAACUCGGUGGGGACGCUGCAGGAACUGGCCUUACAGCGAGGCUGGCGUCUCCCCGAGUACACGGUCCUAAUGGAGGCCGGUCCACUACACAGCCGACAAUUCACUAUGACCUGCAGGCUGGAGUCUCUGUCAGAAACAGCAAUAGGAAGUUCCAAAAAAGCAGCAAAGAAGGCAGCAGCAGAGAAGAUGGUGGAGAAGCUUCAGGCUCUGUCAGGCUCCUCGGAAAUCACCUGGACUCCCAAACCGAGGGUGCAGUUUGAAGACCUCAGGAACUCCACGGCAGAGAUCAUCUCCUCACUGAGGAGGAACCCGCUCAGCAUCCCCAACACUGACUACAUCCAGCUGAUGUCGGAGCUGUCCAAGGAGCAAAGCUUUGCUGUGGCCUACUUGGAUAUCGAUGAGCUGACGGCCAACGGUCAGUACCAGUGCCUGGCCGAGCUGUCCACGUCCCCCGUCACCGUGUGUCACGGUACAGGGAUAUCGCACAGCAACGCGCACAACGCCGCCGCACACAGCGCCCUCCAGUACAUCAAGAUCAUCGCCUCCAACAAGUAAAAGCAAACCCCCGUUUUUAGCAUCGGAUCAGGGUGCCGCUGUACUAAGUGAGUCGUUCGGUCUUCAUAUUGUGGACUUUGUGCUGCGUUCCUGUGGAUGUACGCGUCGAGUUUUAACUCAUUCAUUUUAUGUAAAUAUGUGGAUUUGACACUUUUUUUGUAGUUUUCGGCAUAUAAAUUAUAAUACAGGCCGGUUCGGGACAUGUGGAGUCACAGUAUAGUUGUUAUAUUACCGUAUUUUCCGGACUAUAAGUCGCAUUUUUUUCUCCAUAGGUUGGCUAUUCCUGUGACUUAUACUCAAGAGCGACUUAUAAAUGAAAAAACUGUUUAUAUUACAUAAACACUGAACACCUUUUCUGUUCAUGUUUAUUUUUUGCGUAGCUAAAUAACUAUUGUGUUAACAUAUCUUACACCUAUUCAGCCUGUUCUCUAUUCUUUUAUUAAUGUUAGAACUUGCCUUGGUCGAGUAGUUUUUAAAAUAAAUUACCCGCAAAAAAUACAACUUGUACUCCAGUGCGACUUGUGUAUGUUUUUUUUCGACCUAAUUAUGCUUUUUUUUUUUUUGUGGGACUUAUACUCCGGAGCGACUUAUAGUCCAGAAAAUACGGUAUUCUCGCUCUAGACUUCAUGGGUAUUAAUCAAGCUGCUAUUUUCUUCUUAAUAGCUGCGUAAACAAUUAUUUCUUCUGUUGUUUUGCUAAUUUAGCGUGUGUAGCUGCAGUAUUCCGUGAUACUUUAAUAAGUGUACUUUAUUUGGAGGCGAGUAAUAGUAACGUUGUGGCAGAGAAGAGAGGAAACCUCAAAUAAUUCUGGCCACCUGAGCAGGAGAAGGAGGGGGAAGUGAUUUAAUUAGGGAACACCUGUGAGCAUGAAGAGAACAAAAGGGCAGAGUAAAAGGAGAUUCAGUGUGUGAAGUGAGAGUGGAAAAGAAAGGAGACGAUCAGAACUAAGAGCAGAUUAUUUUUAAGUCAUUCAAGACACUAAUCGAAAAAGGAAUGAACUCAAGUAAAUGUGGAAACUGAAGGAGAAACUGAGACAAGACAAAUUAUCAGCGGUAAAGAAGAAAGUUUCUUGAAGCAGGUUGGAUCUGAGGCUCCGUUGGACCUGCUGUCCGUGGCUGUUUUGUCCCUUCGUCUUUUGUCGGCAAAAGCUAAGUCUGGUCUCCUUCCUUUGACUCUCCUGGCUUCCUCCAUUUUCCUUUCUCCUCACAUUCCCCUUACCUUCUGGUUUCCUCAGCUCCUGGAACAUUACAGCUCCCAACCCAUACACCUACACUAAUCAUUGCCCCUUCUUUCAUAUCGAACUGGACUGAACUGAUUGUGAAAGGACUUGUGAACUAUUUAACCCCCUGCAAACACUACACACACACAUACACAUACACACACACACUCCCACGCCUCACGGAGAGAACAGACUAUCUGGGUUCCUAAUUUAUCGAAUUUAAUUAAUGGACAUUUAAUUUAUUUUUUGUGAAUCCGCUUUUGAGUUUGCAGUAGAUUAUUUUGUGAAUAUGAAUUUUUUUCAUUAUGAGAAUUUGAGGGAUUUUUUUUGUGAUUACUUUGAAUACAAAUGAUGAUUUGAAUAAUUUGAAUGUUCUUUUUCUGGAUUUGAAUAUAAAUUAUAUUGACUUUGAGUAUCUUAUGUAUUUUUUUUUAUUCACUUCUGUAGCACAGGUUAGGCUAGCCGGAUGAAUAAAUCCAAAGGUUAUCUUGUUAAUUGACAGGUCAGUUUAUCUUUUCCCUGUCUGGCGCCCAACCAUUGUUCCUAUUUUUAAUCGUUUUGAUACCUUUGGUAAAAGCCUACGCUACAACGUCGAGGAGUGUCUCAGCACUGUGGAGGGAAAUAUUUUAUGUCUGGGCACUGCGUUACAUUGAUGAUGCGUUACAUGUUCAUACAUAUUGCAUAAUAUUAUAUAUCAUGAUAUAUCAUAAUAUUACAUAUUAUACAUAUAUACGUAUUGCCCGAGUCAAUUCCACUAAGGAUCCAUACGGCUCACAGAGGGAAAUUGAAUGAAAUUGAACUGAAAACUGACAAAAUUGUUGUGACCAGUCCUAUUAUGGGGUGAAAGUCUUUAUUCUAAAAAGCUGUGAAAUGAGUCUGGAGGUCUCAAGGACAGUUUACAAUUGAAUUCAAGCAGUCGAUACAAUCGAUUGCAAUGCCAGCACUGGAGAGACUGAUUAAGUAGCCAACAAAGCUUCUUCCAUCUUGCACUCCAGUCCUUCCCUUACUUGUCAACAAGACCCCAAGAUAUGAACUCCUCCACCUGGGGCCUAAACCUCACUCCCUACCCGGUCUCACCCAAAAACCUUCACACUCGGCUGUGAAACCGCUCCAGAAAACGCUGAAGGUCAGAGCUUGAUGAUGCCAUCAGGACCACAUCAUACGUUUCGAAGGACCCCCAAACCGGACACCCUCAAUACCUAGAAAUACGUGGAUAUGCUGCUACCUGUUUGCUACCUUGCCAGAUUGUUGCCAAUUUAAGGACUUUGUUGUAAUUUUUUGUGAGUCAUCAAACCUCUCUAGAGACCGUUUCACAUAAGCAACUCACAACUAGCUUAGUAACGAAACUGACAUGAAAGCAUGUAUCGCUCUACUCAACGAGCAGCGGGUCCUGCUGUGGACUCAUUCCACCUAACAGUACUCACAAGCAGCUCCAAUAAAAAAACAACAACAAAAAAAACAUAUACGUUUUAUUUUUUCUUUACUUAUGUCUUUAUUCCUAUAAUAUUACUUUGUCACACGCUAAUUUUCCAAAAAUUACUGGGGGAAAAAAAAACAUAAAAUACAGACAAAAUGACAUUAUUUUUGCUCAUAAUAUUGUAAAUUUAAUCCCGUGUUUCCUCAUUAGAAUAUGACUUUUCCUAACAUUUUUUCACAGCUUUCUUGAGGGUUUUCAUCUUCUAAAGUUUCAUCCCGUAAUGACCUUAUUCACAUAAUAUUUUAUUAUAAUGUUUAUAUAAUAUUUUAAUAUUUCUUAACUUUUUUCGCAACCUAAUUUUCCUCAAAUUACAAUUUUACUUUGUUUUGUUUCUUCCAUGAAGUUAUUCUUGUAAAAUUACCACUUUGACUUUAUUCUUGUAAAAUGACUAAAUGACCAAUAAAAAACAGCAACAACAUAGGAGUGGCCCCCGGGCUGCACCUUGGACACCCCUGAGUUAAAGCUUCCAACAAGCAUCCAGUGCAGAAGGAACUCUUUUCUGUGGAUCAGGUCUAGUUUGGUUGCUGAGGACUUGACUGACAUCCUUUGAGAUGAUCUAGUAUGAAUGUGGUUGUCAUCUGGCUUUGCUGCGGGAACCACCAUCAACCCAGAAGAUCCUAAAACAAAAAGCUGCAUAUAUCUGUCAGCGUGACCAUUGUAUGCCACUGGUGUCCUCUAGUUAAAGUUAUUUUAAAAAUAUUCAAUUUUCCUCACCAGAAGCUUCAGAACAUACAAAAAUAUCACAUUGGGCAAAUAAAGCACUCAGUCAUGGUCCUGUUUUAUUAAUACGAGCACUAUGUAGCAGCAGUGUACAGUGUUCAUGGAAAAGAUAUGUACUUGGUUUCAAUUGCACUUUUUAAAAGGUACCAACAGGAGCCAACACGGUCCACGACAAAGUCCAAAUGAGAAGAUGGAACCUUUCUGUAAGGCAUCUGCAACAAUCAUUGACAGUCUACACAUGCAUGUGGAACUUUUUAUGUUUUUCUUCUUUUUUUUAUUUAUUCACUUCUGCUGCUGCAUGGUGAUAUUUACAGUGAUAACCAAGCCGUCUAUUGAUUGGUUGGACUGGUAGCACAGGUAAAAUGUUAUCCUUCAGCUUUAUUAUCAUCCCUAUGCAGGUGUUCAGUGUGUAUAUAAUGAAUGGCAGAACCUCUUACCUCUUUUAGUAGUGUGUUAUUAAAUGCAUUAAGGCACAGCAAGUGAAACUGUUGGUUGUGUGCAGAAAAAAGGUAGAAAUAUGACAGCAAAGCAGAUAAACCGUGUACACUGGAUGCAUAUUUAUGGCAUGUGUGGGACAAAAUACACUGACAAACUUCCGUCGCUGUCAGUUUACAUCAGUUGCUACUUUAUGUUAUUUAUUCAGCGUUAAAGCGUCACAAUCCCACUCUUGUAGCUUGGAAGCUGCAUUUUCAUACACUGACCAGCAGGUGGUGCUGCUGCCACCCCACCAGGAUUGAGAAGCUGCCUGAAUGCAAAACUACAUGGACUGAAGUAGUCUUAUAAGUAGGGGUGGCCAAACCUU